AUGGUCGCAGAUGUAGUCCCUGAACGUGAGCUGCAAGUCAGCCCCUCAGGCCAGUGUGGUGCACAGGCCUGUAAUUCUAGCUUGACUUUGAGACCAGUAUGGGGUUCACAGCAAGUCGGAGGCCACCCUGAACUCUGUGUAGGAGGCUCUUCCCUGACAGAGGGCAAGCCAGCCUUCAGCAGGAGCAGUUGUGCAGUGCAGUGGGUGAGCAAGCACAUUAAGAAACCAAUUCACUCCACAGUCCUCAGCUUAGGCUGGCACCCCAACAACAUUUUGCUGGCUGCAGGGUCAUAUGACUUCAAAUGCAGGCAUGCAAGCAGUCGUACUGGAGAGAAACCUUCUAAAUGCACUGUAUGUGGUAAAGUCUUCUCCUAUACCAGUGAUCUCAUAAGGCAUAAAAGAGCACACACUGGAGAGAAGCCUUUCAAAUGUAAUCAAUGUGGUAAAGUGUUUGCACAAAAGAGUCAUCUCAUAAGCCAUAGAAGAACACAUACUGGAGAGAAACCUUAUGAAUGUAACCAGUGUGGUAAAGCCUUUGCAGAAAACAGUACUCUCUUAAGCCAUAAAAGAACACACACUGGAGAGAAACCUUAUGAAUGUAACCAGUGUGGUAAAGCCUUUGCAGAAAACAGUACUCUCUUAAGCCAUAAAAGAACACACACUGGAGAGAAACCUUAUGAAUGUAACCAGUGUGGUAAAGCCUUUGCAAAAAGCAGUCAUCUCAUAAGACAUAAAAGAACACACACUGGAGAGAAACCUUAUGAAUGUGACAAGUGUGGUAAAGCCUUUGCACAAAAAAGUCAUCUCAUAAGCCAUAAAAGAACACAUACUGGAGAGAAACCUUAUGAAUGUAACCAGUGUGGUAAAGCCUUUGCAGAAAACAGUACUCUCUUAAGACAUAAAAAAACACACACUGGAGAGAAACCUUAUGAAUGUAACCAGUGU